AUCCAUUGCAUCCCAACCAUGGCCGAAGCCAGGGAUGAGGGCAGCGGUGUGUCAGAGCCCCUCGACCUCGUGCGCCUGCUGCUUGACGAAGUGGUCUGCGUGAAGCUCAGAGGUGACCGAGAGCUCAAGGGCCGUCUCCAUGCUUAUGACAGCCACUGCAACCUGGUACUCGGAGACGUGGAGGAGACCAUUUACGUCGUGGACGAGGAGGAUGACGAGGAAGUCAAGACUGUGAGCAAGAAAUCCGAGAUGUUGUUUGUGAGAGGCGAUAGUGUGGUCCUCAUAUCUCCGCAAGCUGGAUCGUUUUAAUCAUUUGGUUGACGACGAGGCACGAUAAGAUGACCCUCAGGAGCAAGUUAGGCCCGCUACAUGGUGCAGCGAAGGCACGUCAACAGCCAUUUUCACCGUGUGUAAAAUACAUGACCAGGGACGGAUACACUGAUAGCCUGAAUCAAUGGAGCCUCCCUUCGUACGGCCGAGCCGAGUAAACAACAUCACCCCAUCCCGUGCCUUGUUGUGUAC